GUCUUCAAAGUGAAGAUGGCGAGAGGUGCUCGCAGUUUGAGGCGAGCAGUUGCGGAGUGCAUUAACCAGCUACCAACUACAGUCAGCCGGGAGGCACCUCGAAAGAAUGCCGUGAGGUAUCUGUCCUCAUGCGGGAUCCUGAUGACGCGGGGCCUGCCCCUGCUCCAGCCGGGCCCCGGCAGGGCCCUCCUGUCUCCCGCCCGCUGCUUCUUCAACCUGGCCGAGUCCUUCAACAAGAGGAAGGAGUACUCUGAGCGCCGCAUCAUCGGGUUCUCCAUGCAGGAGAUGUACGACGUGGUGGCCACUGUGGAGGACUACUGCCACUUUGUGCCGUGGUGCAAGCGCUCCGAGGUCGUCUUCCGCCGAACGGGCUUCUGCAAGGCCAAGCUGGAGGUGGGCUUCCCGCCCGUGGUGGAGCGAUACACCUCGCUGGUCUCCACAGUGCGCCCCCACAUGGUCAAGGCCGCCUGCUCGGACGGAAAGCUCUUUAAUCACCUGGAGACGGUGUGGCGCUUCAGCCCCGGCCUCCCCGGAUACCCCCGCACCUGCACGCUGGACUUCGCCAUCUCGUUUGAGUUCCGCUCCCUGCUGCACUCCCAGCUGGCCACCGUGUUCUUCGACGAGGUGGUGAAGCAGAUGGUGUCGGCCUUCGAGCGGCGCGCCUGCAAGCAGUACGGCACCGAGACCCGCAUCCCGCAGGAGCUGAUGUUCCACGAGGUGCACCAGACGUAGCGCCCCGCCACGGCUCGCCUCGCCUCGCCCCGCCCCGGGAGAACAGAGAACAGGGAACAGGGAGGGGGGGGGGGGGGGAGAGGGGGCACCGGGACAGCCAUGUGACCUGACCGCCACCGUGCCUUUUCGCCACGCCCGCCACCGUUUGUUUUUUUAAACGUUUUUUUAAUUUAAUUCCCAACGUCCUCCUGCCGUCAAGCUCCGCCCACCUCUGAACCCCCCCCCCCACCAAUCACAUGUCAGAAACCGCCCCCCCCCCCCCCUUCCUGGUGGAGACCAGAAUUACGCCUUUUUUCCCCCCAUCCUGUUAGUGGCUGAGAGGCAGAGUGCAAAACUCAAUUUUGGAUAUAAGAUGCGAGUGAGUUGAGAGAAUCAGGGACUGCGCAGUACCCGGGCCCUGCCACCGGAGUCACUGUGGGGUAAAGGGCAGCAUUUCACAAGCCUUGGUCAGAAACAUUCGGACACGUUUCGUGACUAAACCAAAUGGCGGCAGUUGGCUGGCGUGAGUGAGUGAGUGAGUGAGUGAGUGAGUGAGUGAGUGAGUGAGUGAGUGAGUGAGUGAGUGAGUGAGUGAGUGAGUGAGUGAGUGAGUGAGUGAGUGAGUGAGUGAGUGAGUGAGUGAGUGAGUGAGUGAGUGAGUGAGUGAGUGAGUGAGUGAGUGAGUGAGUGAGUGAGUGAGUGAGUGAGUGAGUGAGUGAGUGACCGUUUCCCCGUUCGAACGCAAGACGCACACAUAGCAAGACGCACGCGAUGAGUUGGCCGGCGAUAACUUGAAUGUGAGAGUACAAAGUGCAGGGCCCGUGCAGGGUGUAGUUUUAAGUGACAGGCGACGAGUUCUAAUUUUGGAUGGCAUUCUUCGGCAUCUCGGCCGUCCCGUGGGUAGGAGUUUCGUCUUACGGAGCUCUCCAGGGCGCGGCCGCGGGCUGACCCGCGUGCGCCGCACCACGCGCGUGAAAUCACGGCACGCUGGGAUUAAAAACCCGCUCCCGUAGUCCACCACCCGCCCCGGACAGCGGCACAAGGUCAAUUUCCCGCCGCUGUUCGUCGUCUGUCAGGCUGUUGUACGAGUGAAAGCUUUAACCGUCGUCCUCCAACCCUCGGAAGAGUCUCGUCCCGUACCCACUGCCCCCCCCACCCCCCCUUCUUAUAGUUUUAUAUUUUUUGAUCCCCUCCAUGUAUACUUAUAUAUUAUCACUUUAAUAUUUAUUUAGUUUUAAUUGACAACUGCACGUGCACAUCCUAUGUUACGACCCGAUGUACAGGUGCACUUCGUUGCCAAACCUCUCUUGUUUCUUUCUUUUUCUCCAGUGUAAAUGAGCUUGUUUUAACGAGUUUUUAGUGUGAAAAAGGGUGUCUUAUGUAUCCAGACUGCAUGGUUGAUAAAAUAUUUUUCUACAAAGA